AUGGAGAAGACAGAUUUAGUGAGGCUUUGGGUUGCAGAUUGUUUUAUUUUGAAGGAAGAAGGUGUGAAGAUGGAGAUUACAGUAGAAAGCUGUUUGCAUACCUUGGUUGGCCGUAGCUUGAUGCAAAAUGCAGGAAAUGAGAAAUACACCUUAAAUGAUCUUGUUCAUAACUUUGCUCUUUACAUGAGAGAGAAGGAAUAUGUGAGCACAGAUCAAUUGAACUCUGAAUUGGUUUCUCAUCAUGCUCGCUAUGUUUCAUCAGUUGGUGGACGUUGUUCAUCGGAGACACUGAGAGGACAAGAGAAUUUGAGGGGAUUAAUGUGUCGUGAGGUCGAUUGCCUAUUUACCUUUAAUUUUGUUUAUAUUAGGUUGUUAAGGGUGUUGGAUUUGCAAUGGGACAAAUUUUCAAAAUUGUCGGAGUCUAUUGGGGACCUGAUGCUCUUGAAGUAUAUCAAUCUUUUAGGUGCACGAAUAUUUGAGUUGCCUGAAUCCAUCACUAGACUUCGUGAGUUGCAGACAUUGAUCCCGUGUUAUAGCAAGGUAAAGAGACUUCCAAACAAGAUCUCAGCAUUAGGUUCCUUAAGACAUCUUGAUAUCCAUGGAACAGAACUGCUGGAGUUUUUACCAAGUGAAAUCGGGAUGCUGACUUAUUUGCAAACACUGUCCAAAUUUGUGGUCGGUAGCUGUAGAACAAUGGAUGGAAGCAUGAAAAGCAGUUUAUCGGAGCUGCGUGAACUAAACUGUUUAAUAGAAAAUUUGAGAAUAGAGCACUUAGAAAGAGUCGGUAGCAUAGAAGAGACUGACCAUGCAGAAUUAAAAAGAAAAAAAAGUCUGCAUGGAUUGCAUUUAUCUUGUGACAGCAAAUAUGUGAUUGAAUUUAAUAAAGCUGUCAUAGAAAAAGUAGAGCGAGUUUAUGAGCGGAUGGAACCACCAAGAGCCGUUGAAUGUUUUAGUAUUGAUGGUUAUCCAGGUAAGAAGUUUUCUACCUGGAUUAGUUCUUUCACAUACUCUUGUUUGCGGAAAAUAAAUAUAAGGGACUGCAAAUUCUUGACAAACUUGCCCAACCUCGAGUUUUUGCCCAAUCUUAAGGACUUAAUUAUAUCUUGUGUCGACAUGAUCAAAGUGUUUGAUACUACCUACGACCACGUGUGUGGAAAAGUUGCAUUUCCCAAGCUAUAA